AUGAAUCUUAAUCACAAUGUUCUUCAUCAACAACAAAAAUAUCAUUUCAAUCAAUAUAAAAGUGAUAUAGGACAGAAAAAUAAUGAAUUAAAUAACAUUCAUUGUCAACCAACUCCAGUUCGUUCUCUUCGUCCAAAGAAAAUAUCAAAGCGUUAUGUUCGUUCAACAACAAUUAUUAUCUUUACAAAAAUAGGUACAAAAAUCGAAAAUAUAUUAAAAGUGGUUGGUACAGGUGUUACUGACUGUUAUAUAGCUGUUAUAGGUGGUACAAUCAGUCCUGGUCGUGUUCAAUACAUUAAAUAUGUUAUUAUUUUUAUUAUUCAUGUUAUACAAAAUAGUACAACAACAUUACAAAAUCCAUCAUCAUGUUCCGAAUACGGCCUUGUAAUGGUCGAAAAUUCAAUACUAUUUAAUUUUCAAUUGUAA